UUUAUUUUUCUUAUAUUGGUACGAGAUUUUAUUGAUUGUUUUCUUUCAUAAAAGAUUUUUGGCCAGACGGCGACUGAAAUUGCAAGUUACUGUGAUAUAUUUAUUUUCGUUAUUUAACUAUUCUUAUCAACCAAUUAAAUGAGCAGGGAUAUCGAGUUAUGUCUAUAAGUAAUGGAAGGUACAGAACUGGGUGGCGACCAGCAAUUCUGUUUGAGAUGGAACAAUUUUCAAGCAAAUAUAACUUCUCAAUUCGAGGCACUGCGCGAUGAUGAGGACUUCGUGGACGUCACCCUGGCUUGCGAAGGUCACAGACUGGAGGCGCAUAAAGUGGUUCUUUCUGCGUGUAGUCCUUAUUUUAAGGAAUUAUUCAAAAACAAUCCAUGUCCUCACCCGAUAAUAUUCAUGCGCGACUGCGAAGUGUCUCAUGUGCGCGCCCUCCUACAGUUUAUGUACGUGGGUCAAGUGAACAUUGCCCAGGCGCAACUCAGCGCCUUCCUGCGUACCGCCGAUGCUUUGCAGAUUCGAGGCCUGACAGACUGCUCACAGCACAACGAAAAAAAAGUGAACCGUAAAUCUCCUCCUUCCCAACUGCGUAAUUUGCUAAGCGCAAAGCCGUCACAUUCUACCUCUUCUUCCAAAGCCGCAAGCCAAAAUGUUGAGUCGACAUCUGUUGAAGAACAAGAUAAGACCGCGACUCGCCGUUCCGCUAGAAAUUCUCCCGAAGUUGCCAGAAAUAAUCUCAACGAAGAAGCUCCCAUUCAAACUUCUAGUCAAAUGAGGCCUAAUAAUGAUGACUAUAGCGAAACUUGCAAUUACCCUUCCGUAAGGGUGAAAACUGAUCUCGAAGCGCUCGAAGUAAAAAAUGAAGAGAGUGACAUUCUUAUGGACCCCGGCGAUGGUGAUAGGCCAGAUAAAUGUCAACAAGAUUUUAACGCGUCUGAUCUCUUGGAACCUAAAAUGGAAGUCAUGGAACAGGAGGCUAGCGACGACGAACGUUCCAAUUUUCCUCCAAUUUAUUAUGAAAACAAUGCGCUCGCUAAUCCCUUUGCUGCUUUGCAAGGAAAUGUGGAUCUCAUGGGCGGAAUGAACGCCGAGCUCCGGGACGACAGCGCCGAAGGUGAAUAUUCAUAA